AUGUUGCCAACCACAAUCCGGACGCCUCCCGCUGUUGCGGACUUCACCACCUUGUCGGAUUAUCAGUCCCAGACCCCGGAGACCUUUGUCGGCGGAAAGCCCGUCCUGCAUUACCACGUCGCAGGCGCAAAAGCCUGGAUCCCCAAGUCGCAAUGCGGCAAGCUGGCCGUAUUCCCUGCCGAUUCCAGCCAGAAACCGACUGCUCCUGAGGGCGAUAGCAUUAAUGGUGACGCCGAGGAGUUGGUCGAGCAGAAGGUGGACAUCUUUGUUAACUCUGAAAACUUUACCAUCUUCGGCCCACAGGUUGAGGCCGGCGUCUCGAUCCCAUACCCCUCGAUCUCCAUCCACGCUGUGAAACAAGUCGGCACUCAGGCGCAAGGAAACCAGACUCAGGCCGUGUGGAUGCAACUCGAGUUCUCCGAGGGUGGUUCGGACGACGACGACUUCAACACCGUGGAGCUUACAGUCAUCCCCCCCAGCGCCGAUUCCGACCCUAGCCCGGCAAAGCAGCUCUACGAAGCAAUGGCUAACUGCUCUGACCUGAACCCCGAUCCCAACAAUGGCGAAGACGACGAAGAAGAUGACUACGAUCGGAUUGUCUUCGAGGGCAGCGCUGAGCACGAGGCUAUCGAGGGCUUCACCGGUGUUAUGCGCGGCUCCAGCACUGGUGGAAUGCCUCCACCCAUGCCAGGGAGUGGAGGUUGGAUCACAGCAGACAAUGUCCACGAAUACUUUGAUGAAGAUGGCAACUGGAUCGGCCAAGGAGGGGAAGGGGAAGAAGAGCUAGGUGAAGGUGCUGGCAGAGUGCGGGCCCGCGACGAAGUCGAAAGCGAUGGUGCCAAGGAGGACGGAGCAAGCGAGGACCCGGAGAACAAGCGAACACGGGUUGAUUAA